AUUUUACAUAACAUCUCAGCAGUCUUUAAACGGCAUAUUAUUAUAAUUACUUCUCACCAACCUGGGUUAAAUUUUAUUAUCGUUUAGAAAAAAUCAAAAUGGAUAGUUUUCAUUUACCCUGUAACAAGAUAAAAGAUGAAUAUCAAAAAUGUUUCAGUUCUUGGUUCACUGAAUGUUAUAUGAAAGGCGAUUAUGAUGACAAAAGGUGUGCCAAAAAAUUUGAUGAGUAUCAAAAGUGCCUUCGAGAAGGUAUGCAAAUACACACUUUGGAUAUUGAAGAUGUAUUAAAACCUUACUUGGGAACAGAGCGCAUGAAGAAGUAGUUAUAACAAAUCUUUUUUAUAUUAUCUAACUAGUUAAAAAUUAAAUUUAGUAAGUACCUUUUUGUUAGUAGCUUAGAAUAGGUAAUUUAAUGUCUAUUAACUGUUCCUUAACAAGUUUUGUUAACUUGUAGCUGUUGAGUACUUAUAUUAUUAGAGUAUAAGUUUUUUAUUUAUCCAACUGUUUUCAAUUUAUUUUUUACAAUUAAUAGAUAAACUUGGAACAAUAAACGUUGUUAUUUAAUUUAUAUUCUUUUUACUUACCCGUACUAUAAUACAACACAAU